CCUAGCCGCCGCCUCCUCCCGCACUCGCUCGUCCCUCGUCCUCCUCUACGCCUCCUCCACCCAAUCCCUAACCCUAGCAGCUCCCGCCGCCGCUGCCAUCUCCUUCGCCCAGCGCGCCGGAUCGCCGCCGUCCACUUCCCCGGCGUCGUCACCGUCGUCCUCGCGUGCACAGGGCAAGAGGAGCGCCCCCACCCUCUCCUCUCCUCCUCCCCUCAUCACGAGCCAGGACAAGGAGGGCCACCGUGGCCGAGCAGGUCAGGCGGCGCGUCCAAAUCUCCGAGGAGCCGCCCGCAAGGUCAUCCAUGGCGCGACCGAACAGAGCAGGUACUAUGCUUGUCGUGGAUUGCUGCCUCACGUGUACCUGGAGCACAUCUUGGGUGUUCAGGGUGCUGUACAGGAACAACCUCAAUGACGAGAUUGCAAAAGAAAUGGGCAAACUGAAGAAAUUGAUCGGUUUGGAUUUGUAUGCCGAUAAUCACCGGAAGAAUCCCCAAGUCACUUUCCAAGCUCAGCUCACUGAUAUUGAUGUCAGAAGCAAUAUCAUGGUGGCACACUUGGUGCGCCCGUGCCAUCAGUCUCAAGCAUUGGCUGUAGAAGUUCUCCACCAACCUGAAGUGUGUGUGCGUGCUGAUCGGUCUCAAGCGUUGGCUGUAGAAGUUCUCUCCCAACCCAUCCAUACAUGCCGCAGAUUACUUCAAUCUGAAAGCGUCAUGAUUGUUAUUUAGUCGGUGCUUGAUGUGCGUCUGUGCUGGAUCGAGUCCAAUUAGCUACUUCUCAAUUCUCAUUAUUGUAAAGAUUAUUUCCCCUAUCUACUGUCACCUCCAGAUUACUUCUUUGUUCGAUAUAUUCGAAGCUGCAGGCACCCUCCGUGGAUGAGGACGAUGACCAGGGCAUCCAUGGUCGAGAGCUCGGCUCCUCGGAAGAGGAGAUCUUUAUCCAGAUAGACAUGGAAACACCGGUUCGCAUAGAGUGCAUCAUCGCUAAUCAGCUACUAUGUUUGGUCAGCGGACAUGCUUGCUUAUUCCUCUAACAGAUUAUUACUGUACCUGCUUAGCCUUUCUAACUUUUUAGAUUUGAUCAGUUUUGAGAAGUUAGUAUAUGAUUCAUCCCUUCGUUAGUGGUACAGAUCGGGAAGCAUUUGGUUUUCUUGGUGAAAUCCAUUACCUGUCUGUCCUUAUCUUAUUUUAUUAGUCGAACAUAAUAUCAAAUCACCUACAAUGAUUAUUCUUUAUUACAGUCUCAUACUAAAGUAGUCUGAUUAGUCGUAGUAAUUCAUAAAUAUUUCCAGUAUAGUUCUUAUUUGGUUUCUAGGCAUAUAAUUUACUUCAAAAUUUUAAUAUUUAUUUGGUUAGUAAGGCCUUUUUCCCCAAUUGUGAUGUUUGAAACAUUUUCUUAUACUGAUGAUGAUCUAGAAUAAAACAGACCAAUGAUAUAUACAAACCGACGCAAUAGGACUUAACUGGUACUUACCUUUUGAAGCCACUGAUAUAUAUACAAAAUAUUAUUUGAGUACAACAGGAGAGAUGCAAUCUUAUGGAUAUUUCCGCAUUUGUGAGAAACAUUCAGCUUGGCAAGCGGACUUGACUAGCCAUGUGUAGGACUCAGCCCUGCUGACUUCGAAAUGAUUAGUCAUUGGUGUUUUCUUAAGUUCCUGUUGAGUGUUCUGUUGAGAAAAGGAAAGAGGCUACUCUUUUGUUACUUGCAGUACAAAUAUAUAUGCUAUAACAUAUUACCUUUAUGCUCUCUUUGGAUUUCAGUAUAUGCAUGUGAACAAAUAAGUCACUAAUAUGAAUGCCCAAGAAUUAUUUGUUUGCUAUUCUAAUCGUUCCAUUAGAGAGCAAUGGAUAUAGAAGAAAUAUGUAAACAGUUGUUAUAGAGAUUGAACUCUAUAGAUAUCAACUCUCAUUGGGUGACUGAAUUAGACUCUGGCAUGAAUUAUCAAAUUUUGUGGUUCUGUACUAGAAUAAAUUCUGCUCUAAUCUAAGCUCUAAGACUACAUGAAGUACCAUAUUUUAUCAUUUGUUUGGCUACAGCAAAUAAAAUAGGGGCAUGCUUUACGAGUGCCACCUUUUAUUUGCAGUGUUGGGCCAAUUGAUGCCAGGUGUAUAUUAAGAUGUUUCAAAAAUAUAGAUCCAUGAUGUCGGACAUAGUGCAAUGUUGAGAUCCACUUAUUUAUGGAGAGGAUAAUUGUUAGCCUGGCAUGUAGAGCUGUACUAAUAAGCUAUGAGAAGGCUGGUGCAUGAAUUAUAUUCUCAUUGUAAAUAAAACACCUGAAUUCUUUUGCUAACAUGAUAUGUCCGUUGGCAGGUCCUGACAUCACAACGCCCAAGCGAGCUAUCACGACUUGCUCGCCAUGGAUAACCAUGUCAGUGAGAUGGGGCCAGCGCGUAAUCACCAUCAGCAGGUCAUUAUUCACCACACCCAAGCGAGCGAGAUGUUCAUACAAAGUUGUAUGAUGCACUACUAUCAUCAUAUGUCGUAGACGAAUAAUAUAUAUCAUUUCUCUUCACAAGCAUUAAGACUUGACUUUUGUAAAUCAUGUUACCAUUUCUAUGACAUCAACAUUUGGAAGGACA